AAGUAAAGCAAAGCAAAGGUGGAGGAGGGUGGUGCUAAUUUGUAUUCAUUUCUGAAUGAUACAGAUCAAUGAUGUUAAAAGCAGAGGCCCAUAGGUGCGAUGGGAACACAGAUUCUAAUGCUCAUUCUCAUUCGGAUUCCACCAUCAACUGGCAGCAGAAGCAAGCAGCAGCUUAUGCUCAUCACCACCUUAUUCUCUCUCUCUUAUUGCUUUUCUUAGGAUUUUUCACAAUCCCACCUUGCAUUUUCAUUCUCAAUGCUUUGUGGGGCCCUUGCACUACACAUUUUUCCUCUUAUCAUUCAGUUCCCCAUGAUUGGAUUAGUUUAUUUAACAUUGUCUCCUGCUUCUGUUUCUCUAGCAUGAUCCAUUCUUCUUUGUUUCCAGCAUUUGCACCCUCGGAAGCCAUGCCUCUUUCUAGAGGAGAUACUCCCAUGGUUUCAACGUUCUAUAGAUGGAACAACCCCUUAAGACUGAUCAUUCAGGGGCUCCUACUAUUCUCAUUGUUGAGGUUGAAUUAUGCAUCAACGGAUCCUGAUGUGGAAGGAGAAGCUUUGGUCGAUUUGUUAGGAGCACUGAAUGAUUCCAAUCAUCAGAUAACUGAUUGGAAUUAUCAUCUUGUAAGCCCUUGCUUUAGUUGGUCGCAUAUUACCUGCCGAAAUGGAAAUGUCAUAUCCUUGAGCUUGGGUUCAGUAGGAUUUUCAGGAUCACUUUCUCCCUCAGUUACCAAACUGAAGUAUUUGGCCAGCCUGGAUUUGCAGAACAAUAAUAUAGCUGGUGUUCUACCAGAUUAUCUAGCUAACAUGACCCACCUACAGAAUUUGAAUCUUGCUAAUAAUAACUUCAAUGGCCCUAUACCUGCAGCUUGGGGUCGACUUGUUGGUUUAAAGCAUCUGGAUCUCUCAGAUAACAACUUAACAGGAGAAGUUCCGACACAGUUCUUUUCAAUUCCGAUGUUCAACUUUACAGGAACUGGUUUAAAUUGUGGGUUUAGGUUGGACAAACCUUGUGUUUCGACAUCUCCCCAUCGAGCUUCUGCAAAGAAUUCAAAGUUCGGGGUAGUGGCAAGUACUGCAAGUUGUGGGGGUUUUAUACUUCUGUCCAUUGGUGCCUUUUUUGCUUAUAGAUGCUUCUACAUGCAUAAGCUUAAGGAUUCUAUUUUUGUUGAUGUGGCUGGUGAAGAUGAAUGUAAACUUUGCUUUGGGCAAAUCAGAAGAUUUUCAUUGCGGGAAAUCCAACUUGCUACCGAUAACUUUAACGAAGCGAACAUCAUUGGCCAAGGAGGCUUUGGAAAGGUAUAUAAAGGCAUCCUCUCAGAUGCCUCCAAGGUGGCUGUGAAACGGUUAACAGACUACAAUAGUCCUGGCGGGGAGGCUGCAUUCCUAAGAGAAGUUCAACUAAUAAGCGUUGCGGUGCACAGAAAUCUCCUCAGGUUGAUUGGUUUCUGCACAACCACAUCUGAGAGAAUCCUUGUUUAUCCAUUCAUGCAGAAUCUUAGCGUGGCACAUCGCUUGAGAGAUUUAAAACCUGGAGAAAGAAGCUUGGACUGGGCCACAAGGAAACGAAUUGCUUUCGGUGCAUCUCAUGGUUUGGAGUAUUUGCAUGAGCACUGUAAUCCUAAGAUCAUUCAUCGCGAUUUGAAGGCUGCAAAUAUCUUAUUAGACGAUGACUUUGAAGCUGUCCUUGGAGAUUUCGGGCUGGCUAAGCUAGUUGAUACUAAAGUGACUCAUAUUACCACUCAAGUGCGCGGUACGAUGGGUCACAUUGCCCCAGAAUACCUGUCCACUGGAAAGUCGUCCGAAAAGACAGAUGUUUUUGGAUAUGGUAUCACCCUUCUUGAACUUGUCACUGGCCAGCGAGCAAUAGAUUUCUCCCGCCUCGAAGAGGAGGAAGAUGUUCUUCUACUUGAUCAUAUAAAGAAGUUGCAGAGGGAGAAUAGGCUUGAAGAUGUGGUGGACAAAAACUUAAAGAGCUACGACGAGAAAGAAGUCGAAAACAUAGUUCAGGUGGCAUUGCUUUGCACUCAAAGCUCACCGGAGGACCGGCCGACAAUGGCGGAAGUUGUGAAUCUACUACAUGGAGAAGGGUUGGCAGAUAGGUGGGCAGAGUGGAUGCAGCUUGAAGAGGUAAGAGAUCAGGAGGUGUCCCUCUUGUGUCACCAAUUUGUUUGGGGUGAAGAGUCAAGUCAUGAUCAAGAAGCCAUACAGUUGUCAAAAGCCAGAUAGAAAGAGAAAGAAACCAUUGACAUUCUCCAAUUUUGAAGCUAAACUCUUAGGAAAUGAAAACUCAUAAUUUACUCUGAAUCUCUGUAUAUAAGGUUGUUGGGAGCAUGGAGAUGGAAAUUACCUAGGACUGAAUAGCUCUGUCACUGUUUUGUCUGUCUCUGUCUGUCAAAAGAUGGAGCAGAUGGUUGUGAAUUGUGAUGGCAAGAGCUUUAGGAUUACAAUACAAUAUAUAGAUAUUGUGAGCUGUUGAGGCUGCUAAAAGUAGCAGUUGCUGUUUUUAUACAUAUAUACUAUACUUGUUUUGUUUGUA